CCGGACCAGGGAGGAAAUGGAGCGGGCGGGCAGAUGGGGUGCAACCCCUUCCCCUAGGCCCAGACCGGCGACCUGCUCCCCGAGCAUGGCUUCCAGCAAACGCAAGGAGCCGCUCCCAGCGGCGGCGGCAGCAUCUCGGGUCCUGGAGCUGGAGGAAGAGCUCAGGAACCUGGCUGAGGAGCUGAGUCAGUGCCAGGCUGAUAAAGAAUUUGUAUGGUCUUUGUGGAAACGCCUCCAGGUGGCAAAUCCAGAUCUUACACAAGCGAUCAGCUUGGUGGUGGAAAGAGAAAAGCAGAAAGCUGAAGUCAAGGACAGGAAAGUAUUAGAAAUUUUGCAAGUCAAAGACAGCAAAAUACAGGCACUGGAACAGAGGGCAUCAGGACAACAACAGGAGAUUAACAACCUGGUACAGAGAAAAAUUGCUGUAGAUGAGGAAAAUGCUCUCUUGAAGAAUGAAUUCAGUAAUUUGCAGCAGAAAUUUAAAGAUAAAAGUCAAGAACUUAAGGACACUAAGGAGUGUGCACAGAAGAAAGAAGAGCAAAACAGACUGGUUAUAAAAAAUCUGGAGGAGGAAAAUGAGGGAUUAAAUGCACGCUGCGCUGACCUGCUAAAUGACCUGGAGAAACUGAGGAAGCAGGAGGCACAAUGGAGAAUAGAAAAAUCUGGUAUUGAUGCCAAAAUAAAGAAUUUGGAAACUGAUUUAACAGAGGCAAGAAAACAAAUGGAAGACUUGACCACUAGAUGCAGUGACUUUUCAUCACAAGUGGUUGUUAAACAGACUGAAUUAACACAAAAGGAUUGCGAUGUGGCCAGAGUUAGGAAGGAGUUGCAGGAGCUGCAGAAUCUUUACAAACAAAACACAGAACAUACAGCACAGCAGGCAGAGCUGAUCCAGCAGCUUCAGGCUCUCAAUAUGGAUACGCAAAAAGUACUGAAAAAUCAGGAAGAUGCUCACACAGCUGAAACUAUAUCAUAUCAAAAACUUUACAACGAAUUGACUAUAUGUUUUGAAACGCGGAAAGCAAGUGAGAUUCAGCUCCAGCAAAGUCACGCUUCUCUUCAGGGUCAGCUACUGGAAAAAGAACAAAAGAUAAAGUGGCUGGAAGAGCAACUACAGCAGGCCCGAGAGGCCUUACAACCAGUACAUCAAGAUUCUCAUCCAAAACAUAGGGAACAGGAAUUUCAACAACCUUCUUUAAAUGAGCUAGAGUGUCUUAUAGCAUCACAGAAAUUUGAAAUACAAUGUUUGCAGGAAAAAUUGAAAACAGCAAAUCUUAACCUAGCAGAGCAUAGCUUUUGCAGCACAGACAUCCUUGAAAGCAAAAACGUAAAGUCUGGAAGAAAGCAUGAGGAACCACCUGUGAAACGUUCAAGGUCUCUGUCCCCAAAGAGCUCUUUUAGAGAGUCAGAGGAGCUAAGGCAGCUUAAAAUAGCUGAAAAGAAGAUUGAAAACUUAGAGAAGACACUGCAACUAAAGACCCAAGAAAAUGAUGAGCUAAGAAAAGCCCAUGAAAAACGCAAGGAAAGGUUGCAGAUGUUACAGACCAACUACAGAGCAGUAAAAGAGCAAUUAAAGCAGUGGGAAGAGGGCUAUAGCAACAGAACUGAAAACAUUAAAAGCAAACACCAGCGUGCAGAUCCCCACCAGCUUCGCCAAGAAGAUUCUGAUGCUGUCUGGAACGAGCUGGCAUAUUUCAAAAGGGAGCACAAAAAGCUAUUGAUUGAAAAGAACUGCAAUCUUCAGUACUCACCACACUUUUGCACAAUGCCGCUCUCUCAAAUUUGGCCUGGCACCCCAUACAUCAUGACCAGGUUGGGACAUAGACGGAUGAGGAAAGAAAGAAGACUGGUUACCAGAUGGAAUUCUAGGCAUCAAAUUCCAUAUUCUGUCAUCCUUUUAUUGAAUCUUGAAGAAGAAUUAGAUCAGAUGAAAGUACGUAGAUCUAUGGAUAAGGCUACAAUACAAGAACUGAAUCUGUGUCUGCAACAAGAAAGGGAAGAACUACUCUUUAAACUCGGUGAAGAUGAUGGGGUCAAGAACAGUACUCCAAAGAAGAAUGUGAAAGAAAUAACAGAUCAGACAUUACAGAAGGUGUGCCAGUUGGAAAAGAGAUUUAGAGCUCUUGAAAGAGAAUCAAAGAAGCUGAAAGAAGUAAACAAACAGUUAACCAAAGACAAAAAUGAUCUGAAAGCAUCUAUAAAAUGUCACAAAGAAGAUGCAGACACAAAAGAGAGAGAGUUAGAGAAGCUACUGAAGAAGCUUCGAGAAAUAAAGAAAGAGAAAGCAGAUCUUCAGUUAGUUAUUGAUGAGCUGGAGAGAGAAGUUACCUCUCUGAAGAGGCAAGUGGCAGAAGCGAACAGGUUGAGAAAUGAAAAUGAAGAUCUGCUCUGUGAGGUGCAGCAGUUGAAAAAUUCACUGGACAAAGCCAAAGCAUUGGCUACCAUGGCCACUGUAGGAGCAACCCAUGGGCAAUGUAAUUGUAAGACAGCAGGAACCAAGGUUAAAUUAAAAGCAGCCAAGAAAAAGAGCUCUCUGGGACGUCACCAAGCUUUUCUCAAUCAGUCCAUCAAGGUUAUGAGCAAUGUAUUUGAGAACUUCAAUAAGGAUGGCUGGGAGGAUAUGAGUGAAAGCAGUGACUCUGAAAUACCAACUUCUGAAAGCGUGGGAUCAAUAAUUAUGAAAACAGUCCAAAACGUUGAUUCACUAACAGACACAAAUGAUCAACAGGAAAAAUAUCAAAUACAAGAUAAUCAGAUGGUCCACAAUAUUGCACAUUUAGAAGACAAGAGUCGACUAUAUCACAAAAAGGGCAACACACAGAACAAGGACAUUGAAAAAUCACAUUCCCAAAGGAGGAAGAUCAGUCCUCUCAUAACAGCUCAUCCAUCAGUUAUAAACAAAGUAAACAGAGAGAAAAGAAGAAAUAUUGUGGUCCAGAAACCAGGCUGCUCUGUUUUAUUGCGGGAACGAAUUAAGUCCUUGCAGCAGCAGAUAGCUGUUCUGCAGAAUGCAAAAAGGACAACAGUAUCUUCUGUCAAAGAAUUUAAGGAAGCCAAUGAAAAACUAACAUCUCAACUACAUCUGGCUGAUCAAAGACUUCAAACCAGCAGACGAACAAUACAGACAUUGACCUCCGAUCUGGCUGAGUUGCAACGAGAGAGAGAAGAUUUACAAGGAAAAUUAGAGCAUCUGGCCCAAGCUACCAGGUUGAAAGAGGGUCCUGUGACUUCUAACCAAAUUGAAGUCACACCACCUACUCCUUCAAAGAACACAGAUUUGGAGUUGAAGCAGCUGUAUUGCAAACUGAAGAAUGCAAAUAAUGAAAUCACUAAACACUCAACCACCAUUAAGUCUCUGAAAAAUGAAGCCCAGGAAAAAGAAGAAAGGAUGCGGGAACUACAGGAAAAGGUUUCUCGAAUGGAAAGGGACAUAAAUAUGAAAAGACAUUUGAUAGAAGACUUAAGGUCUCGUCUGAAAGCAAACCAGGAAACUGAAAAAACCUUUAAAGAAACAUUAGAAAGUUUUGAGAAAAAGGUAAAGACAUUGACUGAAGACUGUUCAAACAAGAAAACAUCAAUUGAUUCACUAAAGCAAAGGCUUAAUGUAGCUACAAAAGAGAAAUCACAGUAUGAACAGAUGUAUCGCAAGGCUAAAGAUGAGUUGGGGAAAAAGGAUCUCAAGCUUACCAAUCUAGAAGGUAAAAUGAUUGAAGCUGAAUGUGCCAUGACUGAACUUGAGACUACUGCAUCGCAGCAACUCCAUGGCUUGGCAAAGCAAAGUGGGCAGGCACUGGAAGUAGUGCAGAAGAAAAUGCUGCUGGCCAAUGACAAAGUGGAAGAAUUCAUAACAUUUGUGAAGGCCUUAACCAGAGAGUUACAGCAUAAUGUACAGGAGUUGAGAAUGCGAAUCAGACAUGCUAAAAAAAUACAAGAAGAGAGAGAAUGUAACAGGUAUCUUUCCAAAGAGUCUGUCCACCGAGCCCAGUCUUUGGCAGCAUCUAUCCUUAAUAUUUCAAAGACUGACCUAGCGGAGAUGCUAGAUACAGAAGAUGAUGAGGAAACAGAAAGAGCUAAAAUGGAAGUUGAAAAGGAUAAGGAAUGGCUGUGUUACAUACAGAAACUUCUUGAAGGACAGUUUCCUUUCGCUUCAUAUUUAAUGGAUGCAGUACUGGAAAAACUAAAUGAGAAGAAGAAACUGGUAGAAGAGUAUAGUUCUCUUAUGAAGCAAACCAUAUGAUACUGCUGCAAACUAUGUUUGGAAAGGGUUUUAUACAGAGUGACUGGGAAAUGUUUUGUGCUCCUGACAUCUUUCCCCUUCAUAUAGAAAACUAUCAGUAGUCAAGUUCAAUAUAGAAGGAAGAAGACUUUGUGAACUAAUUAAUUGUUGAACAAGUGGAAUCAAUUACAUUCUCAUUUAAAGAGGAAACGUGUAGAUUUGAUUGCUGAACACUAAAAUUGCCACAAAUCAAUGCAAACUUAAAAAUGAUUUUCCUUCGGGUGCAUUAGUAAAGAAAGCCAGUGCAAGCCUUGAGGAGAUGAGAUGUCACUGACGUGAACAGUAAGCCAUAGGAACUGUACAAAUCAGUGAGCGCACUGUGUAUGCAUAAAACGGCCCAGACACCGGGGGGAGGGGUGUAUUGUUCAAAACACUUUAGCUGAGAUGGAGUUUUGUGUCCAAAUCCAUUGAAUUGGACAUCUUGCUCCCUCUGAGUCCUUUGCAAAUCCCAGCCUUUAUUAUGUCCUCUGCAUAAAAUGGUAUGCAUUUCUUGAGUGGGUUUGUUUUAUAUUAAGAACAUGAAAUAAUAAAAUGGAAAAAUAUUCAGUAGCCCCAGAGACCAUGAGGCAAGCUAUAUUUUUGUUUUCUAACUAGGAGUGUGUUGAGAGUCCAAUGUAUUUAAUUGUAUUUAAGAAAUAUUUCACCAAAAUAAAAAUGAUUUCCAGUGUUUUUUUUAA